CCUGUUGUGGUCCAGUGGCCUCCCCAGCCCUGUGCCCCCAGGCACUCGGAGCACAGCCCAGCAGAACCGCUCCCAGCCUGCCUCCCUGCCUCUGGUCAUGGCCUGCCUGUGCCUGGCCCUCCUUCUGAUGGGGACCUUCAUGGCAGUCUCCCAGCCAGCCCUGGCACAGCAGGAUGCUCUGCUGGUCUUCCCAGGCCAAGUGGCUCAGCUGUCCUGCAUGCUCAGCCCCCAGCACUCCAUCAGGGACUAUGGUGUAUCCUGGUACCAGCAGCGGGCAGGCAGUGCCCCCCGCUAUCUCCUCUACUAUCACUCGGAAGAGGAGCACCACCGGGCCGAUGACAUCCCUGACCGAUUCUCCGCAGCCAAGGACGUGGCCCACAAUGCCUGUGUCCUGACCAUCAGCCCCGUGCAGCCCGAGGAUGACGCGGAUUACUACUGCUCUGUUGGCUUUGGCCCUGCUUCCUAGGGGUGGGGUGUGAGACGAGUGCCUCCUGUCUGCCCCUGACCUUGGGCCCCUAAGUUUCUCUGAGCCUUGCUCUCUCCCCUGUAAAAUGGGUUAAUAACAUUCAA